GUCUGACAGCAUGUUUGACAGUCAGAAAGAUGCUGCUGUUCUUCCAAACUUGCUAAACCCUGUUUUUACUAUCAUUUGUACAAAAGACGUAUUCUGACUGUGAAACCUGAGCCAGGGCCCAAAUAUAGCCCCACACAGUGAGCAGUUAGAGACCGGGACAGAUGGGACAGCAGGCCACUGCAGAGGCAGUACGCAAUUGGACCCUGAACCUGAGAGUUCCUGCUGACUGUCUGACCAAUAAGGCUGCUCUUCUGGAAAGAGAAGCUUCUUUUUGGCUCAUUCUUACUUCAUAAACGAGACAAAACUGGAACCGCAAAACGAAGAGAACGCAUUUGGAAAAAAAGCUCACUUGAAGAAUGCAGGACGGGAGUUGGAAUCAGCCACUCCCCAUCUCUCUGCUGCUGAAGGACCCGGCAGGAGGCGGGAUUUUGGAGGGUGAUGGGGGGGUGUUUUCCGAGGCAUCCUCUGAUGGGGAACUCUACAUGGACUCCAUGACAGAGCUGGAUUCUGGAGAUGGGGACUUUGCAGAUCUUACUGCCUUCUUGAGCGUAGAGGAGAUUAAUCGUAGUCUGGACCUGGCCUGGGAGGCUUUUGGUGACACAUUUGAAUCUGAAGAUCUAGGUCCCCCUAAUCCUACUUCUCAAGAGCAGGCUCUCCAACCUAUUCCUCCCCUCCCUACACCCACCCAGACUACUGAAAACCUCACCACGAGCCCAAACCUGCAACACCAGACCAAAGCCCCCUCCCCAGAUGACAAUGUAGCAGUUAAAGUCUCCUCCGGUCAGAACGCCCCCCUCAGCAAUCCUGCACAGGUGUCCAAUGAGGCUCCGUUCUCUGUUGAGAAGGUGGUCUGCCACAAACCCAUCCAGCCAGUUUAUAAGCAGGAUAAACCCAAGCUGGUUCAUGAAGGCCUUGAGCUGAAUGAUCGGGCAUCUUCAGCCACGGAGUUCUGUAGCCGAGCUGCCACCUUCAUCGAGGAGCUUUCAUCCAUCUUCAAAGGUUCUACUCAUUUAGAGCAGCAGAUGGAGGAGGACUCCUCCUCUCCUGAUAGUGGUUAUCUUUCUCCUAAUAGCCAGCGGCCAAUCCCUCAGGGCUCAGUCUCUGCUCCCUCUCUGCCUCCCGGCCAGCAAGAGCAGACACAGUUCAGCCAGCCAGCCAUGGGCCCUCCGCCUGGAGGUCCGGUGGGAGUGGCGAGUUCUGCAAGGUACCAACACUCUGGAGCUCCAGCCACAUCUGGACCCCUGUCACCUCCGUGCUUCCUCCAGAAGCUGAAGAGUCAGGAGGUGGCAGAGGGGAGCCCCAUCCGUCUGGAAUGCCGAGUUACAGGAAACCCUCAGCCACUUGUCAGGUGGUUUUGCGAAGGCCGUGAGCUGCUCAGCUCUCCUGACAUACAGAUCAGUAGGGAUGGUGACCUGCACACACUGGUGAUUGCAGAAGCCUUUGAGGACGACACAGGACGCUAUACCUGCGUGGCCUCCAACAGUCUCGGAGCAGACAAUACCUCUGCUGAGGUUUACAUUGAAGGAGCUUCAUCAUCAGACUCAGAAGGAGAAGGAGCAUCAAAGUCCAGAUCAGGAACCAUGCCUCAAGUGCAGAAGAAGACCACUUCAAUGUCCCUGACAAUACGGUCAUCAUCACCCAAAACCCCUGAGGUCCUUCCUCAUCGCUCCACGCUGGUCCAGUCCCUGUCUCAGCCCCCGCAGCGAAUGCAGAGCCCGGUGUCAUCACUGUAUGGUGCUGAUGUGUCAGGUCCUCCUAUAUUCACCAAGCUGUUGCAGGAUGCCCAGGCAUCCGAGGGCCAGGUGGUGGUUCUGGAGUGCAGGGUCCGUGGUAGUCCUCCUCUGCAGGUCAGAUGGUACCGCCAGGGAGAGGAGAUCAUGGACUCCCCAGAUUUCCGUAUUCUCCAGAAAAAGCCUCGAUCUGCAGCUGAGCCAGAGGAGAUCUGCACUCUGGUCAUUGCUGAGGCCUUUCCAGAGGACGGAGGUCUGUUCUGCUGCACUGCUUCCAACCCGUACGGCUCCAUUAACAGCACAGCCCAACUCACCGUCACUGCAGCAGCCGAGGACUCAUCCAGUAAUGGCAUGUCUGGUGAUAGCUCUGGGUUUGAGGAUGCGGCAGCCUUCCCCCCUCCUCCCCCACCCACAGAGAUCAGCCUCCUGGAGCUGCCACCCAAGAUGCUGCCUCAGCCCAGCACUGAGGCUGUUCAUGUCAAGGAGCUGGAGAUCUGGCCCAGUGUCUCGGCCCUGCCUCCAGUACAGUUGGGCUCAGAGGUGGAGGACAAAGGGAAAGGGUCUGUACAGAAUGGCCAACUUCCACAUCCCUUGUCCCUUCCAAGCCCGCCUAAAGAGACCACACCACCACCCCAACCUGCUCCUGCACCUCUGCCCCAUUCUGACCCUAUGACAGAUGUCCAAAGUCCAGCCCAGGUGGCACCAGACUCACCUCCAACCACAGGAAAGCUGUCUCCAUCCCCUGGGAAGGAUGGCCCUCCUCUGCCUACCAAGCCCAAACCAAAGCUAGCUGGGAAUUUAGAGGAGGAGGAAGAAAAUUACAGGAACGCCACUCAGCUGAAGCAGCUGCAGGACCAGAUUCUUUUGGAGCAGCAGGAAGCAGCCAACUGGCAGCAGCAGCAGCAGCAGCAGCAGGAGCAGCAAGGCCAGGAAGUCCUGCCUCCAGCCGAGCAACCACCUCAGGAAGUGCCUCCACCUGCUCCAUCAACUCCACCUCUCCCCCCUCCUCCCUCCUUCCAGGAGUUGGAGAACAACGCAGCCAUGCAGGCCAGCACCUUCAACUACGCCCGGCCCAAGCAGUUCAUCGCUGCUCAGAGCCCCGGGGGGACUAGCUACGUCACCCAGUCCUCAGGCUCCUCAGGGUCCAGCCUGUCCUCCCCCCUGUCUCCUCCCACCCCACACAAGCCCUUCAACAGGGUCACCAUGCCCCCCUUCACCAAGGCCGGCAGCCUGGAGUCCCCGAGUUCUCCUUCCUUCCCGCCUCCACCGCCACCCUUCUUCAGCUCCAGUAACCUGUCCUCUCCAUCAGGCCCCGCCCAAGACUUCCCUCCUCCCCCACCUCCUCCACCUCCACCCAUGCCCAUGUCUCCAGCCCACUCAGAUUUGUCCUCGCCUUUCUCCUCCGUCCCUCCGUCUCCAGCCUCCAGCUUCCUGUCCUCAGUGUUGCCCGCCACACCUUCCUCACCUGGCAGUCCUACAGUUAAUGCCCUGGGCCUUCCUAAAGGCAACGGGACUGUCAAAGCGUUUCCCAGAAAGUCCUCGGGCAGUAGGACACCUCGCAUCGCCUCUGACUCGGACAUCCAGGGGUCCAAGGAUGCCGUCAUCCAGGACUUGGAGAGAAAACUGCGCUUUAAAGAGGAGCGCAUAAGCAAUGGUCAACAGAGGUUAACCUAUGAGGAGAAGAUGGCUCGCAGACUGCUGGGUGCUGACAACGCUGCCACAGUCUUAAACACACAGGACUCAGAGGAGGAGCCACAGGUCACACAGGCAGGCAAGUCAUCAGAUAGAGAAUCUUUCCCCCAAAAGGAAUACAAGGUGUCUAGCUUUGAGCAGCGCCUGAUCAGCGAGAUUGAAUUCCGUCUGGAGCGUUCUCCGGUGGAGGAGUCAGACGAUGACGUGCAGCACGACGAAGACUCUGCUGGCCAUGGGGUGGCACCAUCCUUCAACCAGAAACUCAAACACUUCAAAGUCUUUGAGGGCAUGCCUGUAACCUUCUCCUGCAAGGUUAAUGGAGACCCAAAACCAAAGGUCUACUGGUUUAAAGAUGGCAAGCAGAUCUCCAAGAGGAGCGAGCACUACAGGAUCAGCCGUGACGCUGAUGGAACCUGCUCUCUGCACACAGCUGCAGCCUCGCUGGAUGAUGACGGCAACUACACCAUUAUGGCAGGCAACCCCGAGGGCAGGGUGAGCUGCACUGGCAGGAUGAUGGUCCAGGCGGUGAACCAGCGAGGCCGUAGCCAGCGUUCCACACCUGGACACAUGCGCAGGCCCAGGUCCAGGUCUAGAGACAGCGGUGAUGAGAACGAUAACAUCCAAGAGCGUCACUUCCGCCCUCACUUCCUGCAGGCUCCCGGCGACCUCAUCGUGCAGGAAGGCCGACUGUGCCGAAUGGACUGCAAGGUGAGCGGCUUGCCCACUCCUGACCUCAUCUGGCAGCUGAACGGACAGACCAUCCGCCCUGACUCAGCUCACAAGAUGCUGGUGCGGGAAAACGGUGUGCACUCAUUGGUCAUCGAGCCAGUGACUAGCCGUGACGCAGGGAUCUACACCUGCAUUGCCAGCAACCGAGCCGGCCAGAACUCCUUUAACCUGGAACUCAUUGUUGCAGCUAAAGAGAUGCACAAGGCCCCUUCGUUCGUCGAGAAGCUGCAGAACACGAGUGUGGCGGAGGGUCAUCCCGUGCGACUGGAGUGUCGUGUCACAGGGGUUCCCUACCCACAAAUCUUCUGGAAAAGGGAGAAUGAAUCAUUCACUCACAACACCGACAGAGUCAGCAUGCAUCAGGACAACUGUGGCUACCUGUGCAUGAUAAUCCAGCCAGCCAUGAAAGAAGAUGCUGGCUGGUACACCGUGUCAGCCAAGAAUGACGCCGGCAUCGUAUCCAGCACUGCACGCCUCGAUGUCCACACUCAGUGGCAGCAGCCUAACCUCCCUAAGCCCAAGAAGGUGCGCCCUUCCACCAGCCGCUACGCCGCACUGACAGAGAGAGGCCUGGACGUGAAGGCAGCCUUCUUCCCUGACUCCAGCCCACUGCCACCCGGUGGCCUGGUGGAGAGUGACGACCUGUAGAGACCACAGGGAGGCGCGAGGAUGACCACGUCACCACAAAAAAGAAAAACCCUUAAAGCUGCCCUUACUCCCAGUACUCCUGAAACAGAUACUUUAUGACGGCGAGGAAGGGCAGAAUAUAACCUUGUCCACCUGAGGGACUCUAUCAUUGAACUGCAGAUACAGAACUAAAGGGUCGGUGGGCAGAGAGAGAGGCGGUGUUUUCAUGUUUUUAUAGUAUGACACAAACCAUGAUAUUACAGAAUUCAUCAAGUUUGCUUCAUUUUAUCAACUGGACCUGGAAAGUGAUUGAAGUGUUUACCACAAGAAAAGACUGCUCAUAAAUAUGCUCUCUCACGUUUCAUGAACUGUAUGGUUUCCUGUUUAAGUGCCUUUUAUGUAUGUAAAGAUAAAAACAAGUUGAAAUGAAACAUAGAAUUACUAUGCAUGUUCAAGUGGUGCCAUUUGCAAUACACAGGCUAAUACUGCAUCUAUAAGUAGCGCUCCACCCAACUAUGUGUAGACGUGGGACAUGCCGGAGAAAAGAUGACUUUAAGAGACUAAAUGACUCAAAGCAUCGUAGCUUUGAUGAAGGAGAGAACCCAGAACACAAAUGUUUAUUAUGUGGGCUUGUGUGGCACAGUGCUGAUAUCUACAGUAUCUGAUUGUAGUUAGAGUAUCUUACAGUCUCAGUGUUGUCAAGUCAUAAAUUAGCAUAGUAUUACAGAUAUUGGACAAGGCCGGGCCUUACAAACAGUAUGUUUAGUGGGGUUUUUUAGCAAAAGGGGGAAAAGGAUGUUUACACAUGAGUGAGAUCUGUCGGUUUGUUUGUGGGUGCAGCAGAAAUCUAGAAUGGUUGGAUUCAACAGACACAGAGCGAGACAGUGAUGGAAAAAGCAGGUUUUUGUGAUGGACAUCAACUUUAAUGUGGUAAGUGAACAUUUGAUGAAGGGAUGUGAAGCAGUGAGUGUGGCAGUGGUGAAGACGACAGUCGUGAUGGUGAAAAAUGGAAUAUAUGAAAAACUCUGGUGAUGGCGGGUCAUUUUGGUGAUUUUUUUUUUUUUCUUUCUUUGAUGGUUUAUUUUAGUGGUGUGAAUUGAAAUGUUCUCACUCAAGAGAGGGUGCUGUGAAAGGUUUCAGUGUAUUUGUCACACGCAUCACAGAUUGUCCAGUUUAUUUUUGUAUGAAAAAAAAAGACUAUUUACUUUCCCAACAAUCUUGACAUAACUUAUAUCAGCAACCUUUUUUUGUCAAACGUUCACCGAUAAAACUAUCUUUUCUGUAUCAUGAAGUUUUAUAAAUAUAUUUACUGCCUUAAAUCACUUUUAGGCUUAACGCAAACACAAUUUCUUUGCAUGUUAUUUUUUGGACACUUGUACAAUGCCAAACAAUCUUUACCAGGGUGUAUAAAAACACAACUUUUUCCGGUAUUCAGGGGCAGCAAACUCUCUAAGCUGAUGAAAAGUUAAAAGCAAGAUAUAUUUAUAUCUACUAUUUUUGUCACCUCUGUAAUACUAUACAAAGUGGACAUCUUUUUCUGUGUCUGUCCAGAGCUUGCAUCAGCUGACUGUUACUGUUACUGCACAUUUCUAUGCCAAUCAAUGCCUGUAUAUGGAUUGUUCUCCUGAUAUUAUUUUAGGUUAUGAAAGUUAAUAAAAAUCAAACUCUUCAGAGA